AUGCCAGCUGAGAUGCUUUCUGCCGAGCUGCCGGCGAGCUCUUUUCCGACGGAAGCCCCAACAGACCCGAAAGGGAUUGGAUUGUCCGUGGCAGCGAGCAAUUCCAUUGCAGUGAACUCGCAGCGGGACGCGAGCAUCACGCAGCAACGAUACGAAUCAACAGAACUUGGGCGAACACCCGACGAGGCUUUGGGCGCGCGGGAACCUGCCCAGAACCUCGGUGUAUCACCUCCACCAUCGCCUCUGCUGGCCGCCGCAGGACAGCCACCAGCACCAGUGCCGCUACCGCAGUCAGGCGCGCCCGGUGCACGCAACUAUCUCGACAUCAUUCGAUCACCAGCGCCUACGCGACCGAGCUCCCCUGCUUCGCUGACUGUCGAGCCGUCAGUCGAGCCGCCGCACAGCUUCCAGUCCGCCGUCUCACGCGACCCGCCCUCUGGGGCUAGUGUCGCAGCUGAGACCGCUGCUACUGUCAACUCUACGUACGCCUCCCCCUCGCCGGGGAAUGGAGCCUGCAGGGCAGGGGGCAGGGCAGGGAGCGAUUCGGAUUUUUUGGCGCCUGUCGGUCCGGCAUCCGGCACGCCUCCCGACGCCUCGCUCGUCUCUCCGAUUACGGAUGAUGUCGCGGCCGAGGCAGCAGCCGCUGGCAAGGCAGGCGGCACCUUCAACGCCGACUCUGCUGGCAAGGAGGCGAGCAUCUCCUUAACCUUCGAGAUCCUCGGCAAGGAGGCGCCAGUACGUCUGGUCCGUGACGUCGAGCAGCUUAUGCAGGAGAGCUUCGACGAGUGGCCCACUGUGCUGUGUGCUGUGUUGAAGUACCGCCGCGGCUACCGCAUGCUCGUCGCGUUGAACGAGCAGAGGGAACUCCUCGCUGCAUGCUGGUUUGUCAGCUGCUCUGAUAGGCAUCUCAACUACCUCUACUGCCCGGCAUUUGCGACUCGUCGCGAGUUCCGGGGCCAGGGCAUCGGCGAGGCGAUGAUGACCGAACUCAAGGCGAUUGCCGACGGUGGGCGGGUCUUGAUCGCCGCAGAACUGGGCAGCGUCGCGCUCUGGCAGCGCUGGGGUUUCCGCAGAUGCCGCGAGGUGCGCGAGGACCGAGAGGCGUGGGCUCUUGACGCGACGUACGGCGUCUUCACUCGCGCAUCCACACGGCUGAUGCGCGGCAAGACACGAGCCGAGGUCGCGUACAGGGACCGAUGCUGGGACCAGUACUACAGCGGGCUGCACGACGCGCCCAACAUCGACUCCGAAGGCGCGUGCCAUGACACCAAGCCAUACGAGCGACCUGGCUUCACGAGCGCACUGCCUCCGCAUCUCUCGGCCGUGUCGCUCGAGACGGUGCCCGGUUCGGAUCCCAUCUCUACUCUCGCUUCGCCGCCGAUAGCGGAUGGCGCCACGACCGAAGCCGCUGCCGCUGCUACCUCGCCACCUCGCCGCCGCGACGCGCUCCUUCAUCGACUCGCGCACGUCUUCUGCCUCAACACGCUUCUUCCCGAGCGGCUGUAA